UCCAGCUCCCAGUACUCCUCUCCCGAGCUCUUCCCCUCCCCUCACUCUCCACGAGUUCCACGAUUCUUGGUGUAGCUCCGCCCCUGUCCCCGGUUCCGCCCCCGCAACCUUAGGAGCAUGUGCUCUUCUUUCCUCUGAAUCUCCUGGUAUCUAGCUGCCCAGGGUCUGGCGCUCCGCGGUGCGGCCCAGGUCUCUCCUGCCUAACUCGGACGCCUCCGCGCGUUCUCCCCGAGCAGCCACCGCGUCCCCCACCCGCAGUUCGCCACCUCCGACCCGGACUCGGGGUCGCGCGCCCCGACUCCGCCCCCUCCGCGAACUCGCGCACUCUGGGCCUUCCGCGCUUGGCCGCUGAGUGUCUGGCCGCCUCCCCCUCCUUCUUUGCUCUCCUCGCGCUCCACGGGCGCUCACACUCUCGCGCUCUCCGAGGCAAGCGCGCUCCCGGCCCGCGCGCUCCGGGCUCCGGCUUCUCCCGGCUCCUGUCAGUGCGGUGACUGCGCUGGGAAACAUGGCGACCGAGGGAAUGAUCCUCACUAACCACGACCAUCAAAUCCGGGUCGGAGUCCUCACAGUGAGUGAUAGUUGCUUCAGGAAUCUUGCAGAAGAUCGCAGUGGAAUAAAUCUCAAAGAUCUCGUACAAGAUCCUUCUUUGUUGGGUGGGACUAUAUCAGCAUACAAGAUAGUACCAGAUGAAAUAGAAGAAAUCAAGGAAACCCUGAUUGAUUGGUGUGAUGAAAAGGAACUUAAUUUGAUAUUAACAACUGGAGGAACAGGAUUUGCACCACGAGAUGUCACUCCAGAGGCCACAAAAGAAGUAAUAGAACGGGAAGCGCCAGGGAUGGCCCUGGCAAUGCUGAUGGGAUCACUUAAUGUUACACCUCUGGGCAUGCUCUCUAGGCCUGUAUGUGGAAUCAGAGGGAAAACUCUCAUAAUUAACUUGCCAGGUAGCAAGAAAGGAUCUCAGGAAUGCUUUCAGUUCAUACUGCCAGCUCUACCUCAUGCCAUUGACCUUUUACGGGAUGCCAUUGUAAAAGUAAAGGAAGUGCAUGAUGAACUUGAAGAUUUACCUUCCCCACCACCACCUCUUUCUCCUCCUCCCACAACUAGCCCCCAUAAACAGACAGAAGACAAAGGGGUUCAAUGUGAGGAAGAGGAAGAAGAGAAGAAAGACAGUGGUGUUGCUUCAACAGAAGACAGUUCUUCAUCACAUAUAACUGCAGCAGCCAUUGCUGCCAAGAAGCAUCCAUUCUACACCAGUCCUGCUGUUAUCAUGGCACACGGUGAGCAGCCCAUCCCUGGUCUCAUCAGUUAUUCCCAUGAUGCAACAGGCAGUGCAGAGGAACCGAUUCCAGACUCCAUCAUUUCUCGUGGCGUUCAGGUGCUCCCACGAGACACAGCCUCCCUCAGCACUACUCCCUCAGAAUCUCCUCGUGCUCAGGCUACAUCUCGCCUUUCUACAGCUUCCUGCCCAACACCAAAAGUCCAGUCCAGGUGCAGCAGCAAGGAGAACAUUCUCAGAGCCAGUCACAGUGCUGUCGAUAUUACCAAGGUGGCUAGAAGACACCGCAUGUCUCCUUUUCCUCUAACAUCAAUGGACAAAGCUUUCAUCACAGUCUUGGAGAUGACUCCGGUGCUUGGGACAGAAAUCAUCAACUACCGAGAUGGAAUGGGGAGAGUCCUUGCUCAAGAUGUGUAUGCGAAAGACAACCUACCCCCGUUCCCAGCAUCAGUAAAAGAUGGUUAUGCUGUUCGAGCUGCUGAUGGCCCAGGAGAUCGUUUCAUCAUUGGGGAAUCCCAAGCUGGUGAACAGCCGACUCAGACAGUAAUGCCAGGACAAGUCAUGCGGGUUACAACAGGUGCUCCAAUCCCCUGCGGUGCUGAUGCAGUAGUGCAAGUGGAAGAUACCGAACUUAUCAGGGAAUCCGCUGCUAUGAUGUACGGCACUGAAGAGCUUGAAGUACGAAUUCUGGUGCAAGCUCGGCCAGGCCAAGAUAUCAGACCCAUUGGCCAUGACAUUAAAAGAGGAGAAUGUGUUUUGGCCAAAGGAACCCACAUGGGCCCCUCAGAGAUUGGUCUUCUGGCAACUGUAGGUGUCACAGAGGUUGAAGUUAAUAAGUUUCCAGUGGUUGCAGUCAUGUCAACAGGAAAUGAGCUACUAAAUCCUGAAGAUGACCUCUUACCAGGAAAGAUUCGAGACAGCAAUCGUUCAACCCUCUUAGCAACAAUUCAGGAACAUGGUUACCCCACAAUCAACUUGGGAAUUGUGGGAGACAACCCAGAUGACUUACUCAAUGCCUUGAAUGAGGGUAUCAGUCGUGCUGAUGUCAUCAUCACAUCCGGAGGUGUGUCCAUGGGGGAAAAGGACUAUCUCAAGCAGGUGCUGGACAUUGAUCUUCAUGCCCAGAUCCAUUUUGGCAGGGUUUUUAUGAAACCAGGUCUGCCAACAACUUUUGCAACUUUGGAUAUUGAUGGUGUAAGAAAAAUAAUCUUUGCACUACCAGGGAAUCCUGUGUCAGCUGUGGUCACCUGCAAUCUCUUUGUUGUGCCUGCACUGAGAAAGAUGCAAGGCAUCUUGGAUCCUCGGCCAACCAUCAUCAAAGCCAGGUUAUCUUGUGAUGUAAAACUGGAUCCUCGCCCAGAAUACCAUCGGUGUAUACUGACUUGGCAUCACCAAGAACCACUGCCUUGGGCACAGAGUACAGGUAAUCAGAUGAGCAGCCGUCUGAUGAGCAUGCGCAGCGCCAAUGGAUUGUUGAUGCUUCCUCCAAAGACAGAGCAGUACGUGGAGCUCCACAAGGGCGAGGUGGUGGAUGUCAUGGUCAUCGGCCGGCUAUGAUGGUCACCGGGGGAGAAAGCUUUGAUGCAUGUCCACAUAUCAUUGACUGUAUCCUGUAAUAUGCAACGGCACAGCUAGUUUUUCUGAUUUGGAUAACAGUUGAUCUGUAUAGUCAACAUCUCGAACUAUAUUUCAAAAGAAUUUAAAUACCUUUUAAAGAAAAAAAAAACACCUAAAAAUGAAUCUUAACAGACAACUCUAUUCUGAUUAUAUCAAAGCAAAUUUUUCCUUUCUCGCAAAUUGCUUUGUGUGUUCAAUGCUAGGUCUGAUAGCGAUAGCUUUAGUAGACAGCAGUAGGUGCCUGCAGAACUUGUGUUUUUCUCAUCUUUAAAAUACAACUACUUAUGCUCUUAAAUCAAGGCUGUCUGCUUAUUUAUACUAGCGUAGGCAACACUUGGAUUUCCCUUCUUAGUAUGCUUCAUACCCGCUUUACAGAGAGCUUUUGCUUGUUCUUUAUCAUGUAUCUCGUGUUUAUGUGCACAGUGCCAAAUGAAGAGUGACUGGGUGGCGGCCCUGCCCUGCCUCAAGGAGAACCAUCCCUGCAAAGCGUCCGGGAGGUUUCUCGUCCCAGUAGCCUCACGGCACAGUACUCUUGGGCAGUAACUGGAUACCUUUUAUUUGAAAAAACAAACUGGGGGAAAAAAUGCUUCCUUAAUUGCUGACAGCCUUUUUAACCAAUACAUUUAAAAUUGUACAGAACAAAAAAUAAAAUCAAAGACUGAUCUUGUACAGAUAUUAGUGUUACCAGCAUUCAUGUGGAAAUCAAAAGCAAAGAAAAAUAAUGUUAAACAACUCUGUACCAUAACAUUUUCUGUAAUGAUACUGAAACUUAAUGAAUAAAAAAAAAAAAUCCUUGAUCA